AUUAUGCAAGAAUCAUGCAAGAUAAAUUAUGAAAAAGAGAUACAAACGGAAGCAACCUUUUCUGUAACAACCGUUCCCGACGCGUGAACACCAUCAGCCGUUUCGUCCUCUUUAAUCCUAACAGAACAUGUCUGCUGGAAAUAAUAGAGUCCCCUCGCGCGUGUCCCCUGAGGCAGAGCACAUCCGUGCUCAACGUCAGACAGUGUCCGAAUUACAGAUGCCCGAGUAGAGAUUGGGAAAAAGUAUCCGCGUUACUCGAUUGAAGAGACGCUGCUCGUGUGCGAGAAUGAGAUGCGUUUCACUCUUACGGGAUAGCGUACAAGUAAAAAAAUAAAUAACGUUGCGUCCAAAUAUGUUUGUACGCGGCGUGUUUUGCGUUCUGUGUAGCGCAAUAUUUUUCCUGAACAUGAAGGCAGAAUGGGUAGACAUGCCGCAAUUCUCGGACGAGACCAAAGUUUACAGGAUACCUUCUGUACAGAAUGAUCAGUUUUACAAGUUCAGACGCGGAGAUGACACGGACCACAUUAACUUUCCCAGUGGUCAACGGAACAGCAGUCAAACUUAUCGUCGUCCGGCUAAGGGCACACACAUGAUGUAUAAUAAAAGGAUAAAGAUCAAAAACAUAGAUUCCGUAUUGGUAUCGACAACGCCGGUGAACUUGUUUCCCGAUCAGAUCGCCGACAGUUUUGUAGACGUCAGUACGAAUCACACCGCAAUGAUCACCGAAGCAGUGACUGAGAAUAAAUUAAAUAACAAAGACGAUGUGACUAUCUCGCCAACAAAGGUUAACACAUUUACGAUUCAACCACCACCACUGAAUAUUAAACAAGAACCGUCGCAAAAUAAAUAUGACAACGACACGUCAAAGUGGGACGACGGCAUAUUCCAAUACUUGCCUAUAGACAUAUUCAAAAGUGUACACCAUACUUUACAAUCACAGCCGUCGUCAAUCGAGGGAAAGCUUUAUUUUCUUAAAACAUUCGAAAAGACAUUGAUGUCAGAGAUAGAAUCUCGCCUUACCACUGCCAUGGCACCAAGUCGAAAAGUAAGGGGUGUCGAAUAUUACGGACACGACGAUCACGAGGAUCACUCCAUAGGAUUUCCUUCGACAGAAGGCACGCUCCUGGCCAUAUCAUUCCUCACGUUUGCAGUCUAUCUCGUUCGACUAGUCAUGCUUCUUCUCCGAAAUAUUAACAUGCCCACGACCACUACAACCGCCGCCACAGUGUUUCUCGGGAAAAGAAAAAGAUCGACCGAUCUUGAUUACGACACCUCUAGGAUACUUAAUAACAUCAAUAGUUUCGUUCCUGAUUUUUAAAUUGUAAUAUAAAAUAGCGUAUUAUACGUUGGUAGUAGAAACAGCUGGAGAAAAUCUAUAUGAAAAAAAUAUAUUGAAAACUUAUGGUAAA